UUGCGCCUGCGCACGUUACUUUCACAUUUUCCCGCGCUGCCGCUCCAUUCCCGUUAUUUUUCCCGUCAUCUUUUCCCGCUAUUAUCCCUCGUUCCCGUUAUCCCGCCCUGCCCAGGAGCGGGAUCCCCUCCCUCGGGAGCUGCGCGGCGCAGCGGCAAGGCGGAAGCGCGGCGGGCGGGGGCGUGGCCGUGCCGGUGACCCGCGCCCACGUGUUCGGCGGCGCACGCGGAGCCGCCACCAUGGAGCAGCCCAGCCCCUCUGGAGGCAGCGAGGAGCUGUCCGAGAGCGAGGAGAGCGUUUAUUCCGGCCUCGAGGAUUCGGGGAGCGACAGCGAAUCCUCCGGGAGUGCUGAGGAGGAGGAGGAGGAGGAAGAGGAGGAGGAGGAGGAAGAGGAAGAAGCCCCUGGAAGCCCCUCAGCUCCCCAGACACAGGCCGAAGGGGCUCCUGGGAAGAGGAAAACCUUGGGAGACGAUUCCCCCUUGGAAGGGCAGCAGGAUUUGGUUGUGCACGAUGAGUACGAGGAGGACAGCUCGGAUGAGGAGGUAGGACCCGACGGGAUUCGUGGAAUUUUGUCCUGGAUCUGAGGUGGAAGUGAUGGAUUCGGUGCGAUGCGAGCGGUGGAUUCGGCGUCUGGGAAAAAAAUGAUGGAUUUGGGAAAAGUCCGGAGCAGCUGUUGGGGCUCGUCCCGGAGAAAAGUGGGAUCGAGGGGAUCCAGGGGGAUCCAGGGCAGGAUCUGCUCCCAGGGAAUGGGACAGGACACGAGGAACGGCCUCAGGUUGGGAUUCUUGGGAAUAUUCCCCUGGAAAGGGCUGGAAUUC